CCUUCCUGAGGAGGAGCGCAGCGGAUGUUGCGGAACUUUUAGACUUGUAGAUAUAUUUCAUUCUGGUUAUCGGUCUCUUCCUGCAGUAUAAAUGCCGAAAUUUAACCUUAAAGCUCCGGGUUUCGUUGCCGUCUCCGUGCAUUGCUAGGUGAUGGACGGGCAGCAGACCCAGGUGAGUGACGAAGAGCCCAAAGUCCUGCGAGAAGAGACCCGGAGGAGGAGAAGAAAGAAGGCCAUCUCGUCGUCCUCCUGCACCUCCAUGGAUCAGAUCACUGUGGAGUUCGUCCUGCCCACCACAGCGCGCGGCGGAAGCGGCCCCGACACUCUGCCGCUGGAGGUCGCCGGAAACUGGACAGUUGAGCAGGUGAAAGCUCAGGUGUGGCUGAAGGCGGUGACUUUGAACCUCUGUCCUGACUUCUACCAGCGGUUUUCCCCCGACCACUGCAUCCUGCUCUACCAGAAGAAAGGCAACGUGUGUGAGAUCUACGAUAAGCACCAAGUGUUCCAGACGUUGGACUGCAUCCGCUACUGGAGAGCCCUGAAGAAGGAUGUGGGGCGGAUCCAGCUGGUGCCCCGCCCACAGCCCUCUGACGAGUCCCUGCAGUACCAGCGCUACCUCAACUACCUGAUCGGCUACGACGUGACCGAUGUGAGCAACGUGCACGACGAUGAGCUGGAGUUCACCCGCAGGAAGCUGCUGACGCCACGACGCAUCGAGCUGUCCGACCGCGACGCUAAACUCUACUCCGUGGACCCCUGGGUGACCCGCAAGCCGCUGCCUGAGCACCUGCUCACCAAGGUCAGCAACGCUCACAUCCUGGUGGUGAUCCACAUCGGCACGGCCAGCCAGACCAUCAAGGUCUCCCUCGACGAUACGCCGGCACAGAUGUUGGUGAGCUUUUUCGCCAAGACGGCUAAUAAAAGAGUUCUGCUGGGUAUCCCUGACAACAUGUGUGAAGCCGAUUUUGUGCUACGUGUGUGUGGAAGGGUGGAGUACCUGUACGGGGAUAAACCGCUGCAGGACUUCAACUGGAUCCGUCAGUGUCUGAAGAACGGGGAUGAAAUCCACCUGGUUCUGGAGACGCCCCCUGACACAGACCUGGAUCUGGUCCAGAAGGAGGACUGGGCCCAAGUGGAUGACUGCACCGGAGUCGCAGGUACCCAUGAGCAGCUGACCAUCGACGAGAAGGACCAUGAGCGGGUGUUCACCAUCUCUAUGUGGGACUGUAACAGGAAGUUCAGAGUGAAGGUGCUGGGCAUCGACAUCCCAUCCCUCCCCAAAAUCCCAGAGUUCAUUGUCUUCAUAGAAGCCAGCAUCUUCCACGGCCAACAGCUUUUAGCCCAGGAGAGGACGUCCUCUAAAACCUUCAGUGAAGAAGUGCUGUGGAACUGCUGGUUGGAGUUCAACAUUAAGAUCAAGGACCUGCCUAAAGGAGCGCGACUCAACCUCCAGGUGGUUUGUGGGAAGCAGCCCCAGACGCCGAACUCCAAGGGAGCCUCCUCCUACCAGGAGAAUACAUCAGGAACUAGCAGCCAUGAAGGAAAGACCAAGAGCCGUCUGCUGUACUACGUCAACCUGCUGCUGAUCGACCACCGCUCCCUGCUGCGCCAGGGCGAGUUCAUCCUCCACAUGUGGAAAAUGCCGGAGAAGAGCGAUGAGAGCAGCAGCAGCAUCAACGCGGACAAGCUCACCUCCGCCACCAACCCCGACAAGGCCUCCGCCAUGGCCGUCGCCAUCCUGCUGGACAAGUACUGCUACCCAGUAGUGUUGCCCAAGAGCCGCGACGUCGUGAGCCGCGACGGGGGCGAGGAAGCCGAGGGGGGCGAGCGGGGUCAGAGGGAGAUGCCCAACCACCUGAAGAAGCAGUUCGCGGCCAUCGUUGCCACCGACCCCCUGCAUCCGCUCAGCCCCGAGGACAAAGAGCUGCUGUGGCACUUCAGGCACGAGUGUAUGCGCAACCCCAGGGCCUACCCAAAGCUCCUGGGUUCAGUCAAGUGGGGGAGACAGGAAGAUGUUCUGGCGACACACCGGCUGUUGGAGCGCAGCAGCGCGUGGGACAGCAGCGGCCUGGAUGUCGGUCUGGCCAUGCAGCUGCUGGACUGCCACUACUCUGACGCUCAGGUUCGCUCCAUGGCCGUCAGGAAGCUGGAGACUCUGGAGGACGACGAUGUGCUCAGAUACCUCCUGCAGCUCGUACAGGCGGUCAAGUUUGAGCCGUACCAUGACAGCGCCCUGGUCCGGUUCCUGCUGAAGAGAGCUCUGAGGAGUAAGCGUAUCGGUCAUUUCCUCUUCUGGUUCCUGCGCAGUGAGAUCGCCCAGUCCAUGCACUACCAGCAGAGAUACGCCGUCCUGCUGGAGGCCUACCUCAGAGGCUGUGGUGAAGACAUGCUGCAGGACUUCAGGAAGCAGGUGGAGAUGACGGACGCUCUGCAGAAAGUAACCCGCGAGAUGAAGGCCAUGUCCGCCGACAAGUAUGACAUCACUGCACAAGUGGUGUUUCAGUUGCGUCAGAAGCUGGAGACUCUCUCUCUGCCGGAGAGCUUUAGAGUCCCUUACGAUCCUGGACUGAGAGCUGGAGCCCUGAUGAUCGAGCAGUGCAAAGUGAUGGCCUCCAAGAAGAAGCCGCUGUGGCUGCAGUUCAAAAGGGCCGACCCCACCACUCUGUCCAAGGACCCCAUCGGCAUCAUCUUCAAAGACGGGGACGACCUCAGACAAGAUAUGCUCAUCCUGCAGAUCCUGCUGAUCAUGGAGUCCAUCUGGGAGACUGAAACACUGGAUCUCUGUCUGUUGCCAUACGGCUGCAUCUCCACUGGGAACAGAAUAGGUAUGAUUGAGAUUGUUAAGGACGCCACCACCAUCGCUAACAUCCAGCAGAGUGUCGUGGGAAGCACCGGGGCGUUUAAAGAUGAAAUCCUCAACCAGUGGUUGCGGGACAAGUGCGUCAGCGAGGACAAGUUCCAGCAGGCUGUGGAGAGGUUCCUGUAUUCCUGUGGUGGCUACUGCGUGGCUACCUACGUUCUGGGUAUUGGGGAUCGCCACAAUGACAACAUCAUGAUCACUGAAUCUGGGAAUCUCUUCCACAUCGACUUCGGUCACAUCCUGGGGAAUUACAAGAGCUUCAUGGGGAUCAGUAAGGAGUGGGUUCCCUUCGUGCUCACGCCAGACUUCCUGUACGUCAUGGGAACGUCAGGAAAGAAAAGUAGCCCCCACUUCCAGAAGUUCCAGGACGUGUGUGUGAAGGCUUACCUCGCCCUUCGGCACCACACCAACCUGCUUAUCAUCCUCUUCUCCAUGAUGCUGAUGACCGGCAUGCCCCAGCUGACCAGCAAGGAGGACAUCGAGUACAUCCGCGAGGCGCUGACUGUCGGCCGCAGUGAUGACGAGGCACAGCGCCACCUACUGGACCAGAUAGAGAUCUGCAGGGAAAAGGGCUGGAUGGUGCAGAUCAACUGGUUUGUUCACCUGGUGCUGGGGAUCAAGCAGGGUGUGGAGAAACGGUCCACUUAGGACUCUGUUUUAAUAAGGAAAGUUUAAGAUUUCCUUCAUAUAUAUCUUUUUUAUUAUUAUUAUUUGAAGUAAAUAAGUCUUACAGCAGUGGACUGAAAAUUCUGGAUGAACACAGCUUGAGAUUUUAGAAAAUAUAAAGAAGUUUUUAUGAAGAAUUACGUGAUUAACUAAGAGAUGGGACGGGAAACUCAUUUAAACUUUGGAGAAAGGCUGGAACUUUUAAAGCAAAGCAAAGCCGAUUUUAACCUGUGACGCUGUAUGUAUGCAGACAAGAUGCAUACAUGCUAAAUUGAAUGUUAUAAAUUCAAAAAGUUCCACAAGAGUGGAUGUUUUAUUUGCACUGCUUAGACCAAGUCAAACAUUCACAACAAACUCAAUCACAUUUAGAGUUUUUUUCUCUAUGACAAUCAUCUCAUUAGUCUUUGCUGCUCACAGCAUUACUUCUCAUUUCCACACAUUUUUAAACUGUUUCUCAGACGGAACCUAAAACAGUGAAUGGUUAUGAUUUUGGUUGAAAAAGAAGCCUUUUGAAAAUAAAAAAUCGAACCAGAGUAAUGAAUCGGAUCUCUACACACGUCUAUUUUAAUCCUUUUACAAACUCAAACUACUUCCUGUUUCUAGUCGUUAUUUCCUGCUGAGGAAACACAUUUCUCUCACAUUUCCUUCACAUUGUUUUCAUUUUAAAACGCAGUACGUGUCACACUGUUUAUUGGAUUCUCACUGGUGUAGUGCUACACUGUCUGGUAGAUUGAGUAUUAAAGAAUCAGUCUAUUAAAGAAGUUGAAAAAUGUUUAAUAUUCAUAACAUAGAUUAUGUCUUAAAAGUCAAAUUUGGACUUGCUAAUUUAUAACUGCUGUAAAAGACUGUUAAAGGCUCUACAUCCUGGUGUGUCAGGGACAUUUAGCACAUGCUGGUCAGUGCUGUUGUUAUUUCGUUAUAGGAUGGUGGAACUCAUAUUUGUUUUAUUAUUUGUCUGCAACCAAUGAUGUUGAAUAUUUUAAUAACAUCAAGAAAAUGAGAAGUCAAAAUAAUUGUAUGUGAGCCAUGUGAUCUUAGUAUUAUGUCUUAAUAGUUUAAGUUUUUAUGUUAGGCCAUAUUUCACAUAAGCCAACUUUGACUAAAAAGCUAAAAGUUCUCUCUGGGUUUUUGUUGUUGAAAUUAAUCCUGACAAAGGUAUGAAACCACAGCUAAAGACAAGGGCAAGUUAAGAUAUGAGGUUAAACGAAACCGAGAAUUAAAUAUAUAUUGUAUAUAGAAAGAGGAUCCGAGUUUUUGUCACAUCUAAUGAAGAUAAGUUAUUUCCCAGUUGGAGAAAGCUUUGAUAGGCAUCAGCGGUUUGAAAGCGUUUUUAAAGCUUUCAUAAAAACAUGUUGGUAGGAUCUAAACCUUCAUUUCUUUCCCUCAGAAAUAACAUUUUAUAUGGAAGUCUUUUGUAACUGUUAAUUCUUUCAAUCAUCAAUUUUUGAAAUAAAAUGUAAUGAUAUCAGACUAUUAAAGUUAUGUGC